AUAUUUUAUUCUUCAUUUUUUCACCUAUUUUGAUCCUGAAACCCUGAACUAAUUCUCUGAGUGGUGAAAGGUGCUGAAGUCCAUUUAAAGACGACACGAAAAAAAUAGACGGGGGGGAAGCAAGUAGGUAAGGACGGUAUGCGAAAAUAGCGCGCAGUCGUGAACAUUUCUGAACAGUUUCAGUUAACGUUGACACGGAAGUGGGUUAGAUGGGUCAUAUGUUUUCUUCUCAUUCAUUUCUCAGGUGUUAGUGAGGUUUAGAGCUUUUAGGGAGAGACGGUUAGUUAAUAUUAUACAUGUUAAGCAGUUUCUCCUGGGCUCUAAAGCACUGUUUUGAAAAGUGGAGAUUGUAAAGGGGGAAGACAGGAGUUAAAGCCUGGCAGUAAUGACGGAGAAAGGCUGCAAUCCGGUGGCCCGCACGGUACUGCAGCAGUGUUUGCAGGCCAGGCUGCAGGUGAAACCAGCAGAUGAACACUCCGAAGCUCAGUUUGUCCAGAUUGAAAGAGGGAUGGUGAUCUACAUCUGCUUCUUCAAAGGAGCCACAGAUGACAUCCUACCCAAGAUGGUGUCCACGCUGUUGAACCUGCGGCUGAGCGAGUCGGAUUCUGGGAAGAUGGUGUCAGUGUUGGACCUCCCCGGGAGUUUGCUGAUUGUCCCUCAGGCCACGCUGGGAGGAAAGGCCAAAGGCAGAGGCAUGCAGUACCACAACAACAUCAGCAAGGAGGAUGGGCUGCGACUCUACAGCGCAUUCGUUGCCCUGUGUGAGAAGGAGCUGAAUGCUGCUGUAGCUGAGAGCAGCGCUGAAGUGACAGUAAAACACGGGACCUAUGGUAACAGACAAGUGCUGAAGCUUGACACCAAUGGACCAUACACACAUCUGAUGGAGUUCUGAAGCUGAGCUCACCAUCUCAGAGACAAGAUGUCAUACUAUUGUGUCUACCAAUGAAGCUAGAAAGAUUGAUGUACUCAUAUCUGAGUUGUGCAUCUUUCAAUAUAAACAAAAUAAAAGAGAUUUAGAAUUUGUCAGUUGUUUGUGUAAUCGGCCAAAACUGGAUUGUGUAUGAAGCCUUUCUGAUACUGUGGGACACUACCAGUCUCUACAAACACGUGAAAAACUGAAAAAUGAAGAGAGAAGGAUGAAAAUCCCUCAGCCAGACACAGACAGAGUGCUGUAUUGUUUUUAUUUAUUGUUUAGUUAAACUGGGAGGUGCUGCUGGCACUCUUUUACCACUGAGUCAUGCCUUGGAAUAAUUGUUUUGCCUAACUGUACAAUUCACCAUGCAUGUUGUUUUUCAGUGAGGCUUAAAAAUGCUCUCAAAACAAUCUAUGCCACAUGCUUUAGUGAUGAUUCUCUUAUAUUCAAGUUUUAUUUAUAUUUCUUCAGCUUCUUCAGAUGAUAAUAUUGUGUGCCUUGUUAAUUCUUUUAACAAUCACUGCUUUGCAAAAUUCAAUCAAGUCGCUCGAAAAUUGUUUCUCAUUCACUGUGGAUAAACAGUCAAUCUCAUGGCCUACAAAACACCCAUCAAACAACCGAAUGACUAUGUGAUUCUAUGGCUUUUGUGGUCCAUCAUAAAUAUUUCCAUAAACCCUUUUGAUUCUUAUAAUGAAUAAAUUGUAAUAAUUAUUUGA